GCCUGGUGCACGUUUGGCCAUCCCACAGGCUGUGCACACACUGGGCUCCUGCACACAGCCGGGCAGCAGGGGGCGAGCCUGCAGAGUCCGCCUUCAGGGAGCCGGUGGCCCUGCUGCUGGCCUCUCCUCCGCCCCUGCAGUCAUUUCUAUGGAAACUUCCAACUCCCAAAGUCGGAGCGGCCGAGAGGGGCGGGAACUCCUGAAAUUAAGUUAAAUUCAACAGGAAGCCCUGCUGCCCGGGCACGUAAGGGCGGCGGGAAACCGGUUCCAGCCGGAUCCACGUCGACCCCGCUCGACGAGACAGACGGGUUCCUCCCGGGCGGGGGCGGGGGCGGGGGCCACCAAGGAGGCGAGGAGCACGGUCGGCAGCCGGGUCAGAUGCUCCGCUGAGCUGAGCUGAGCUGGGCUGAGCUGAGCUGGGCUGAGCUGGGCUGAGCUGGGCUGGCGGUGGCGGUGGCGGUGAAGGUAACGGUGGCGGUGGCGGACAGAAAAUCCACGGCUCGACCGGAGGAGGCGACUGGGCGAGGACAUUUAUCUUAACAUUCAACUGCAACUCAACUCAAAGCGCUCGCUCAGGCCGGAGCAUCAUGCCGCGUUUACCACAUUGCUGGUGAGACAAUCUUCUGGAAGCGCUUGUUGUGGGAACGCAGCAUUGCUUGUGUUAACCCGCGUGCGUGUGACGUCAUGGGCGGGGCGGGGCUGACGUCACCGCGUUUCAGGAGCGGCCUGGCCCUGCUGGGCAUCCUCCUGGGCCUGGGCCGGGCCGCAGGGUCACAGUCUCGGCCCAACUUCCUGCUGCUGCUGGCGGACGACCUGGGCAUCGGGGACGUCGGCUGCUAUGGCAACAGCACCAUCAGGACCCCGAACAUCGACCGCCUGGCGGGGGAGGGCGUGAGGCUCACGCAGCACCUGGCGGCCGAGGCCGUGUGCACGCCCAGCCGCGCCGCCUUCCUCACCGGGAGGUACCCCAUCCGCACAGGCAUGACUUCCGGCAAUGGCCACCGCGUCCUGCAGUGGGCAGCGGGCGCGGGCGGCCUCCCCGCCCAGGAGAUCACGUUCGCCAGACUCCUGCAGGAGCAGGGCUACGUCACAGGCCUCGUCGGGAAGUGGCACCUGGGUCUCAACUGCCACUCGGCCUCCGACCACUGCCACCACCCGCUGAGCCACGGGUUCCAGCGCUUCCUGGGGCUGCCGCUGGGCAUGAUGGGGGACUGCGCGGGGGCGGAGCCCUCGGAGAAGCGCGCCACGCUGCAGCGGCGUCUGCUGUGGGGCAGCCAGGCGGCCUUGCUCGCCGCGCUCGCCCUGGCGGGAGGGAGGCUCGCCCGGCUCGCCCGCGCGCCCUGGACGCUGGUGCUCGCUCUGGCCGCCGCUGCCGCCGCGCUCCACGCCGCCUCGCGCCUGGUGGGCGACUUCAUCGUCUUCGCCGACUGCUUCCUCAUGCGGAACCUCAGCGUCACCCAGCAGCCCGUGCGCCUCGAGCGCCUCACCGGGCUCCUGCUCGCGGAGACGGAGGACUUCCUGCGAGGGAAUAAGCACCGCCCCUUCCUGCUGCUGGUGUCCUUCCUGCACGUGCACACGCCGCUCGUGACCACGGAGGACUUCCGGGGGCGGAGCCAGCACGGGCAGUACGGGGACAACGUGGAGGAGAUGGACUGGAUGGUGGGCCGCAUCCUGGGCGCGCUGCAGCGGGAGGGGCUGGCGGACCGCACCCUCGUCUACUUCGCGUCCGACCAUGGCGGCUCCCUGGAGGCCCGCGCAGGGUCCGUGCAGCUCGGGGGCUGGAACGGCAUCUACAGAGGCGGCAAAGGCAUGGGCGGCUGGGAGGGCGGCAUCCGCGUGCCCGGCAUCUUCCGCUGGCCCGGCGUGCUGCCCGCGGGCAGGGUGGUGCAUGAGCCCACGAGCCUCAUGGACGUCUUCCCCACCGUGGUGCUCCUGGGGGGCGCGGCCCUGCCUGCCGACAGGGUGAUCGACGGGAAGAACCUGCUGCCGCUGCUGCGCGGGGAGACGCAGCGCUCGGAGCACGAGUUCCUGCUGCACUACUGCGAGGUCUUCCUGCACGCUGCGCGCUGGGUGCAGCGCAACCGUGACCAGGACAGAGUCUGGAAGGUGCACUUCACGACGCCCAACUUCCGGCCUGGGACGGGCGCCUGCUACGGCAGCAUCGUGUGCCCGUGCUACGGGGACGUGACGGAGCACGACCCGCCCCUGCUCUUCGACCUGUCUGCCGACCCGGGUGAGACCCGCCCGCUGCAGCCCGACUCGGAGCCCGAGUUCCACGCGGUGGUGGGGAGGCUGCGGCAGGAGGCGGCGCUGCAGAGGAGCUCGCUGAGCCAGGUGCACCAGCAGCUCGGCACCAUCUACAACGUGUGGCGCCCCUGGCUGCAGCCGCACUGCGGGCAGUUCCCGCACUACGGCUGCGACCUCGAGUGAGGCCGGGCUCGCAGUGCGGGGGGCCGGGGCGGGCGGCCCCGUGGUGAGGUGGUGAGGUGCCGUGUGGGUGCUGGCGCGGGGUGCUCCAUAGGGUGCGGGCGUGGCCUCCAGGACCGAUGCCAGGACCAGGCUGGGCGUCACGUGUCCGUGCCCUUCAGUACGGGUGCUGGUGCGUGGUGUCCCACUCGGUGGGUGUGACCGUCAAGGGCGACACCCACGGAGACCCAGGUGCAGGGCUGGGGUGGCUGCCAGGAGUGAUGCUCGCGAGGGGCUGAAGGGCGGGGCUGCGCCGGACCCCUCAUCAGCACCGGACAUCAAGGACGAAGCAAGGCGUGGCUGCUGGGAGCUCCUGUGGGUUCCGCCCUGUGGUCGCUGCCCGGGUGUCUGGUGCCUCUGUCUGAAGUCCUGAGACUUUGCUUAGGGACGCAGCCUGGGGAGGCCAGGCCAACCGUGGUGUUUGUCGUUGUCCCUCUGAGAGGCUCACUUUCCAGGCUUGGGGAUGGGAAUCAGCUGGUUAAAGGUGUGGAUUGGAAAACAAUAAAACGUCCUUGAUAAGG